CGACCAUUGAUCCAUCGAUUUCCAUGAGCACCGUGACCGUCGAGUUUGAGAACUUGGAGUUCAAGUACGUGGAGACUUAUGCUGGCAUCGACAUCAGCGGCGGGCCCAUCCUGAAGAACCUGAACGUUCAGUUCCACGCUGGACAACGCAUCCUCUUGGUGGGCGGCAACGGCGCCGGCAAGAGCACGCUGCUCAAGAUGAUCGGUGGCAAGCACUUGCCGACGAGUGGCGGGUGCUGGGAACUCGGGCACCGCGACAGCUUUCGCGAUACCAUGCUCAACAACCAGCGUACGAUGGCGACCUCGGACUGGGGCAACCGCUCCGUGGCCUUUGCAUCCCAUUCCGCGGCGUAUUCCGCCGACAUCGCCGUGGAAGAGAUGAUGGUCAAGCUGCAGCAAACGUACCCCGACCGCCGCGCCGACUUGCUCAAGUGCCUCCGCAUCGACCUCUCGUGGCGCAUGCACAAGCUAUCGACCGGGCAACGCUGUCGCGUGCAACUGUUUUUGGCGCUGUUGCGUCCGUCGCAGCUGAUCGUAUUGGACGAAGUGUUGGGAUGUCUGGAUAUCAUUUCUCGUGUCAACAUUCUCCACUUUCUGCGCCGUGAAAGUGAAGGCCCCCAACAAGCCACGGUGAUUUUGGCAUCGCAUGUGUUUGACGGGAUGGAAAAAUGGGCGUCGCAUGUGCUGUACCUUCGGUCCGGGCAGGUGGCGUUCUUUGAUGAAUUGGCCCGCAUCCCUUUGAAAGGAAGUGAGAAGCUGUCCCUGUACGACACAACGGAGGCGUGGCUGCGCGAAGAAGAAGAGACACCGGAGAAGGAAGCCAGCACCAGUGGCAACUUGGAAAAUGCCCAAAAUCGCGCCGGCGGGUUCUCCAACGGACGGCUGGGCGGUGUCGACCAGUUCUAAGCCACACUCUACAAAAAAUACUAUGUGUAGUACUAGUAGUUUUAAAGGACAUGUGCUGUGUACGGUACUGCGUACUUAUUUGUGAUGUUGUCACGCUUGUUUCUGC